AUGGUUGCCGUCAACAACAACUGGGACCGCGCCACCAAGGGCAUAUUUGCCACGGUCGACGUUGCGAUCAACGUGGCUUUAUUUGCGCAUCGUCUACCGGCAGCUUAUCUCGGUGGGUCUGAACAACGUGAACAAGUACUGGUCUUCUUCCUAACGGCUCUAUUCUUGGCUGUCUCUCGCAGUUAG